AAUAUUUCCCCUGUGGAUCCUGUUUCAUUUGUCUGAACAUCUGUACAAUAAGGAAACAGGUAUUUUGUCCUCACUGUUUCCUGUAGUCACUGGACUGGAGACACUCAGAGGAAGUGACGCCAUCUUCACUCACCUGUAAUUAGAGUAGGAGCUAAUUAGCAGGAGCAUGCUUCACGUCCAUGAGCACAGACACACGUCACCACUGCAGAGGCGGCACAGCUGGACGCCUGCAGUCACUGCAUCCUCCGCUUCUUCACUCCACGACGAAAUGUUAGUCAAGAACAAGUCGUGUCGUGAUUAAAGACAGAGUAAUUGGACUAAUCAGUGAGCGUCCCGCGGAGAAGAAAUGAGAAAUCUCAGCCCCAGAAAAGUGACGGCUUGCGUGGUGUUGGAGAGCUGGGCUGCUUCACACUGUCCAGGCAGCCUCAUUAACAUUUGAGUCACAUUGUGUCACUGACAACGCUCCACACAAUACAGGAAGUCGUGCUGUGCAGGACGCCUCACGAGCUAAUCAUGGCUGACGCAAGCGAGCGACGACAAAGCCCCAGUUUGUUGUGUUUUCCGGGUUAACACUUUUAAUUGAAAAGUUCUUGAAACGCAGAAGUCAGGUCUGGGAGGUUCUGGUGGCUACAUCACAGGAGCUGUUGAUCCUCGCUGUCACAGCUGAUGAUGACCUUAUCCCGUCCAAUGACACUUAUGACCUCAACCUCCACCACACACCCUCAACAGCACUUCCUCCCCUCCACCAAUCACAUCCUUCGCUCGGCCUGCGAAUGAGGAGGAUGCAAGGAUGACGAGACGUAUUUAUCAGCUCAGCGCUUCCCCACUCAAACAGUUAAACUCUCGCACCACCUCCUCGCUCGUUGCUCAGAGGUCAUAUUUUGUUUUUAUUCCUUUGGUUUGGCGUCGCGAGGUGAAGAUGCUCCGCUCUCAGGUGCAGGUGAUUCUGGUGGCUUUGCUCUCCUCUGUGCUGCUGGUCAGCGGUGCUCCACGCAGGGACAUGCAGACAUCAAGACCAAGAGCAGAACUCACAAACGACAAGGCUCUCGUUCACUUGCUGCUUUUGCAGUUUGUCUCUGAGCUGAUGGCGACGAAGGUAGAACAGAUGCUGCCCGAGCUGGAGGAAGAGGAGGAGGAGGAGGAGGAGGAGGAGGAGGAGGAGGCGGCUGGAGGCAGAGUGGAGGUGAUGCGGCGGCACCUUCCUCUCUCUCAAAGAGAACGCAAAGCAGGCUGCCGCAACUUCUUCUGGAAGACGUUCACCUCGUGUUAACACCAAGAGCUGGAAUAGUUUUGUUUGAAACUUUUAAGAAUGAAUUCAUCCAUGUUUGUCACUUUUGUUGUAACCACUGCAAGAUGUCAAAUCUACAGGUUUAGGUGAUUGUAAACAGUAAUAAGGAUGUAUGUUUUAAGACUGGCAGGGAUGUACACAGUAUCUGAAAUACAAUUUUCUGAUUUAAAAUGGAAACUUCUCAGGCUACAAUUUUUGGUGUAUUAAAGGGUCAUUUCAGAGAUUUACGAUGUGCACAAUGAGGAAACUUUUAAAAUAUGCAGAAUUCUGAAAUAUUUGUUGGAUUUGUUAAUUACGUGUCAGCUCGUCUGGUUCAGGACUCUGGGGCUCAUGGAUGAAAUCUGUUUAUUGAGUUGUUUUUUGUCCUGCUCAGACACAGAGCCCCGACAGAAUUAGUCACCAUGUAGGGCUGCAGAGGGCGCUGUUGCUCAAGAAAAGUUAAUUGUCUUGUAACCUAGUAUUGUUAAAAUUCAAUAAUCUCAUACAAAAAUAGUUGUCUUCAAGCCCGAGAUGUAAUAACCUGAUAGAUAAUCAUGUUGACAUCACCAGGGUGAAAGUUUGGGGCUUAAGAAGACGUCACCAGUUUGUACAGACUGAUCCAAACUCUGACUAUCCACUGAACUUGAUGUGUUAAAUGUUCUAUAUGUAGCAAUUUAUGGUAAAAUAUUCUGAAAUAACACAUCAGGAAUCAAGGAAACAUAAGCUGAAAUACACUUGCUCCGACAACAAUACUACAGCCAGUAAAUAUCUGAAAUGUUUUCUUUUCCGUGCCCAAAAUCCUACUUGUGUUUUGUCCUGGUUGAUCCCGCCCCUUCCUAAUCUCAUAGUACCAGAGGCAAGAGCAGUUUGGGUUGCAAGAUAAGAUACAGGCGAACACGUGGAAGGUAAUUCCACGCUUAUGGGUUUUGAACGUGGAAGCGAUUGUAGAAAAAGUGACGAACACACAGAUGAACUUGCUGACAUUUUAAUAAUUAAUCAUGUUGCUACAACCUGCGUUAGGAGAAAAAUCCACCUCUGGGUUCACAUGCAUGUAACCGUCAUUUCUACUUCAAUAGUCUGUUUACUCAGACCAAAAUGCUUCCCGCUCUUUUCCACUGUGUGAAUUCAUCCGCGGACUGACGUCUGCUGCGGUACCGUGGGCUCUGAUCUCCAAGCUCCAAUUCACAGCAUUUCAAACACAACACCCAGUAAGGUUAUUAAAAAAAAUUAAUGAGUUGGCGUGAAUACAGGUUUUUGAAAUGACACAUUAUCGAAAUGAUCACCUUAAUGACAAAAAGCAGUAUAUACAUCAUGAGAUAAAUUAACAACUCAAUACCGUUUUAGCGAGAUCACGUUCUGUCGCACAAUAAGCAGAAUUCACAGUUU